CCUUGAACAACCCCAUUGUGCCCAUCGCAGGCCGCGCCCCCUACUUCGUGACUUCGUGGCUGUUGGCUUCGUGGAGUCUUCUCCUUUCCCUUUGCGGCUUCGUUGUUUGUUGGCCAACUCAAUCGUCACGAUGUAGUAACGCUUUCAUUCCCUCCAAGUCCACUUUUCUUUUCCUCUACUGGUUCACUGCCACUGACUCUCAUGCCUUGAUUCACUAUCAAGAGACACCGUUCCAUCCAUUCGCCAUUGAGCAUUGCUGGCUGUACAACGCCUGUGACGCUCAAAAGCACACCACGCCGCAUUCCAUACUACCACUUCCCGACCAACACACCCUCGCUGUUUGUUAAUCGCAUUUCAGCCCCCCUCGCAACAUUUAUUUGGCAAGAGUAGACUCGAUUCCAUCUGAAAACGCCUUGUCAUUUACACAUCUGGAGGUACUGAAGAGUCAAGACUACAGCAAACAAUGCACAAAUACCGUCGCGAGGCGAAGUAUGCCGCCUGGUACGACGACCCAAAUGACACCUCAAACUUCAAAAUCAAGAAUCCCUUUGCGAAAUGGAGGCCCGGCACAAGACAAGAUUCUAUGCGUACGAUGGAGAAUGGCGAAGCGCAAGACAAUGGCCCACGACUACAAACUGUUGCAGAAGCUCAAGGAAAUGGCUCUCCUCUGAAACCUACCCUCACGGACGACCCCAACGACUACCGACUCUCGACUCCGGUCGACAGAAGAGAACAGUCUCACCGACACGCUGAGACAGAACCUGGCGCCAUUUCAGGUACAAGACCGUAUCCUCCUGGCGACGAAGUCAGUCUGCCUCGAGCUCAGAGUCCCGACAACUCGGAAAAAGGCAUCAAGGAGCAAGAAGACCGCCAUCGGACAGAGUCAAGCUCCGACACCUAUGUCAAUGGAAAAAACAACAAUUCUGAGGAGCCCAAUCCGAUUCGGAACCGGACUACAACAUCCAAAACAGAAAAGCAUGGCUUCAAGAAACUCUUCAGCAGGAAAUCCUCUAAAGAAGCAGACGACAACAACGGCAAGGACAAGAAAAAGUUUACUGCCUGGAGUCAGCUCCAUGCCACGCUUUUCAAUUCCUGGAUCAAUGUCCUGCUUAUCUUCUCCCCAGUCGGUAUUGCCGUUUAUUACGCGAAGAUCGAUCCCGUCGCUGUCUUCGUCAUCAAUUUCAUCGCUAUCAUCCCAUUGGCAGCCAUGCUGAGUUAUGCGACCGAGGAAAUCGCCCUUCGAGUUGGUGAAGUUCUUGGUGGUCUGCUCAAUGCAUCCUUCGGUAAUGCUGUUGAACUGAUUGUGUCCAUCAUUGCAUUGGCCAAAGAUCAGGUCCUGAUCGUCCAGACCUCGCUUAUCGGCAGCAUCCUUUCCAACCUCCUUCUGGUUAUGGGAAUGUGUUUCUUCUUCGGCGGCUUCAAUCGCAUGGAGCAGGCAUUCAAUCUAACAGUGGCUCAAACUGCAUCCAGUUUGUUGUUCUUGGCUGUAAGCAGUCUGAUUAUUCCUACUGCUUUUGAAGAAUGGGCAAGAACGUCAGACGGUACUACCGGCAAUACAAGUGCAACCACCGAGAACGCGAAACCAGGCGUGGCCGCGCUCAGCAGAGGUACCGCCAUCCUCUUAUUGAUCGUGUACGCGUGCUAUCUCUUUUUCCAGCUCAAGAGUCAUGCCGAGAUUUACAACACACCCGGUGAGAAAAACCAGAAACGAGCCGUGGGCAAAAAAUUCAAGAACGCGGUCCUCCCCGAGAGACUGCGAAAAAGAUCUCCGGAAGAAAGAAAUGCUGUCGUCGAAGAGGCGGCAAGUGAGGAGCCGGAAGAGCCAAAUCUUUCCGUCUGGGUUGCCAUUCUUACCUUGGCCAUUUCCACUGUUCUGGUUGCUCUGAAUGCCGAAUAUCUGGUCGACUCUAUCAAUGCCAUUACGUGUGGUGGUGGAAUUUCCAAGAACUUUGUUGGUCUUAUUCUCCUGCCGAUCGUGGGUAAUGCUGCCGAACACGCCACUGCAGUUACUGUGGCAGUCAAAGAUAAAAUGGAUCUGGCUAUUGGCGUCGCUGUCGGAUCGAGCAUGCAGAUCGCCCUUUUGGUCCUGCCCUUCGUGGUGGUUCUCGGAUGGAUUAUCGGCAAGGACGAUAUGACCUUGUUCUUUGAUGGCUUCCAGAUUGCUGUCUUGUUCGUAGCAGUCCUGCUUGUCAACUACCUGAUCGCUGAUGGGAAGUCGCACUGGUUGGAAGGUGUCCUGUUGAUGAUCCUAUAUAUCAUCAUUGCAGUUGCUGCGUGGUUCUACCCAACUGCGCCUGGCCUCAGCGACUGCCCUGCAUAAUGAGCAGGCUCAUUUAGCAUCGAGCACUCAGCAUUCAAGACUUCCGAACGGCCUUCAUCAGCACUACUCCGAAGCUGUUCGUUGGUCCUUGAUGCAGCAGCAAGCUUUUGCUGUCUCCUACUCAGCCACUGGCUACUCCUUUGGAUUCCGAGUGCUUCAUGAGCUGAUGCGCCUGGAAACCGAACCAGUCUACUGUUUCCCCAGUCUCCACAGGCGUACCCGAUCGAGGCCACAAGAGGGCUUCGCCGACUCGGGUCGGGCUGCAGGGGUUUCCCAAUGAUUUCUGCGCCUACCUAUUGAGGCAAGGCUCUGGAGUCGAGGACGGCCGUGGUGGCUUCUCAUCUGACAUACGUUCGAGCUUCACAAGUUGCUUUUGCUCUAUCUACCAGCAAGUGCUUACCACAGCUCCACCACAAAGCUGGUCGGCUUGUUUUCUAUGUACGAUAUUCACCCAACUGUCUUGUUACGACAACUUUCAUAGAUCUCUUCAAAGGCGCAAGCACUCUUUACUUGGCAGGAAUAUGCGACGAAUGUAGUUAUGGAGUCAGCACGAACAAUAGGUCUGUCUUGUGCUCUGUGAAGGGGCUACCUGCAAUAAAUUGGCUUUUCGGAAUUGUAAUACUCUGUUCACGGUUCUCGAACUGGAAGCGGACAAGUCGAUGCAAUACAAACACUCUAAUACUGG